AUGUUCAACGAUAUCAGUCCCACUUGUCAAGAAGGAAUUCGAGAAGCAUGUGUGACCUUAAGAAAUGCUUGUGAACCACAAAUACUCGAUGAAGUAGCAGUUCGAAUGAAAGAAUAUGAGAGUGAAUUUGGUCGAAUGUUAUAUACAAUUUCCAUAUUAAUCAUGUUUUCAUUCGUUAUUAUUCUUCUUAUGGUCAGAUCAAUCAAAAGAACUCAUUCGACAGUUGAGAUGGACGCCCUUCUUGAUGCGAUGAGAUUUCGUGAAGAAUUAGACAUUCGGGAUCGACAACGACGUCGUUUGAUGAAAGCAAAAACAAAGGUGAGCGCGUGGCUUAAUCGAGAUAAAACUGCACCGUCAAAUGGGCAAGUAAAACGAAAAGACAGUGAAUGGAAACCACCUCCGAAGGGAACUGGAACGAGACCACGAGGGCAUUAUAGUAUAUCAACUGUCACUUCUGACAUUCCGGAGAUUGUAGUAAGUGCUGACGAUUCUGGGAAUCCAGGUCUUAUCAUGAGGCCACAUACUCCUGCUAUUUCUCUGAUUUACGAUUUUGGAGUAGCGUCACCGGAUUUAGAGGAACCAGAUAGUCGAAAACCAUCAAUAGCCUCAUCAACAGCUUUGCCAAUGUCAUCUUCUUCGUCAUCUUCACUGGCUUCAUCAAUAGAUCAAAAAUUGAAUUCAAUGAAAACGAAUCCACAAACCGAUAAAGAGAAUAUUUGUUUCAAACCACCAACUCAAGAGGCAAUCUCCCGACCUCUUGUCAUCGAUGGAUGCAACAUUGGAAGAAGUGCUUCGGGAUAUGCAAGAACACACGUGGAUUGUGCGGGUCUCGUCUCCGUUGUAAGAUGGCUUCUAAAUCGAAAAUUUGACGUCACAGUAUUUCUACCCGUUGUUUACAACAACAUCAAUAAUUACAACUCGAAAAAUGCGGAGCUUCUUACGAAACUAGAACAACUGGGAAUUGUGACGUUCACACCGGCUAGAAGUGGACGAGGACUCCGAAAGGCAUUCAUCAACUAUGACGAUUUGUAUGUGGUCUCGUAUGCAGCCAGAAAUGGAGGAACUAUUCUCAGUGGAGACAAAUUUAAAGAUAUUCUCAAUCAACAGUGUUACAGUGAUUUCCACCACGUCAUCAGAAAUCGAACAGUUGACGUCAGAUUUCGACCACUAACCCUUGAUUUUGUAGAGUACAAUUCGGAUAAAUUCUAUCGUCAUGCACCCGAAUUGUUCACUUAUGAUAAUAUGAACCAACGAACCGAUUCUUUGCGUCAACGUCUUUUUGCAUUACCUCAUGAACCUGAUUAUAAUCUUGUGAAGAAUUUAAAACGACAAGUAACGGAUGAGAAAAGAGAAUAUCUGUGUGCGGAACUAGAAACAAUUCUUCUUUCGAUGAGCUAUGCGGCCGGGAAAAUGUUUCGAGAAGUCUCUGAAUUGCCGUGUAUGGAUAAUGGUUUCCAUGGUUUGAAAGUGGAAGAUGUUGCUCCGAAGAUUUUUGCGGAGAGAUUUUACAGAAGAUAUCAAAAAAGAGACACGAAGAAUGAAACAUCACAAGAAUGGGUUAUGGAACCGGUUGUGGAAGUGGUCGUGAAACCGAAAAAAGAGAAAAAAGUACUCGAUGGAACUGUUUUGAUCCCGACUCCUCUAUCAAUAUCUAAUAAUCCUGAUACAAGUAAAUCUGAAACUCGUUCCGCCAAGAUUGAAUUACCAAAAGAUCAAUCACUGAAAUCACUCCUUCAAUGGUUCACAAUGGCUGAAGAAGCGGCGAAAAAUUAA